AACAGAAGAAGAAGAAGAAGGAGGAGGCGGACUGGGUGGCUAGCAGCGUUAGCUUCCUUCCUCCGUGGAGUGUUUGUAGAGAGGCUGAUGAUGUGUGAGUGUUUGCAGGGAGAAUGUGUUCAGUCCAGCUUCAAGGAGAGUUUAUCAGCGAGCAGUUAACUCCUGCUGAAGAAACAUUGACGGAGGUUAAAGGAAGAGAGAAAAGGCCCAAAGUGGAGAUGGACGAUCAGCACAGACUGCUGGAUUUCACCAGGAUCCCCCAGAUCAUCUUACACCGGAUAGACCGCCUGCAGGAUUAUGUUAAAAAAGAGGAGGAAUCCUCUGAGCCACAGUUCUCUGAACAAGAAUGGAAUUCCAGUUUGGACCAAGCGGAACCAGAACCUCUGCAGAUCAAAGAAGAGCAGCAAAAACCAGAACUUCCCUGGAAAAAGGAGGAGCCAGUGGAGCUCCCCAUAAGCGAGCAUGAAGAGCAGCUGGUUCUGGACCAGGAGACUGGAGAAACAGGAAAUGAAGGUUUCCCAUGUUUGACAUGUGGAGAAAAGUUUCAGAAAAAGGACAAUUUAAUGGUUCACACUAGCUCUCACACAGGCGAGAAGCCUUUUCAAUGUCUGUUCUGUGGAAAAAGCUUCAGUGAUAAACGCAAACUUGAUGCACACAUUAGAAAUCACACAGGUGAGAAGCCGUUCCUCUGUACCAAUUGUGGCAAAAGUUUUAAACACGCUAGUAUUUUGAUUAGACACAUGAGAACUCACACAGGUGAGAAACCUUUCUCCUGUUCGAUUUGUGGCAAAAGUUUUAAUCAAAAACAUCAUUUGAUUCCACACACGAGAACUCACACAGGUGAGAAGCCUUAUAAAUGUCUGUCCUGUGGAAAAAGCUUCACUGAAAACAGCAGUCUUACUAAACACAUUAGAAUGCACACAGGUGAGUUUUCCUGUGAAACUUGUGGAAAAAGUUUCUAUCUAAAAAGUCUUUUGAUGACACACACGAGAAUUCACACAGGUGAGAAACCUUUCGAAUCUCUGUCCUGUGGAAAAAGCUUUACUGAUGAACACUCACUGAAUAGUAACAUGAGAAGUCACAUAGGUGAGAAGCCUUUAGAAUGUCAGUCCUGUGGAAAAAGGUUCAAUGAAAAAGGCAGUCUUAAUAGACACAUUAAAAUGCACACAGGUGAGAAGCCUUUCAAAUGUCAGUCCUGUGGAAAAAGCUUCAGUGAAAAAAGUAGUCUUGAUAGACACAUUAGAAUGCACACAGGAGAGAAGCCUUUCAAAUGUCUGUGCUGUGGAAAAAGUUUCAAUGAAAACAGCAAACUUAAUACACACAUUAGAAUGCACACAGGAGAGAAGCCUUUCAAAUGUCUGUCCUGUGGAAAAAGCUUCAACGAAAAGAGCAAACUAUUUAUACACAUUAGAAUACACACAGGUGAGAAGCCAUUCUCCUGUACAAUUUGUGGAAAAAGUUUUAAACAAAAGGCUCAUUUGAUUAGACACACAAGAAUUUGCACAGGCGAGAAGCCUUUCAAAUGUCCAUCCUGUGGAAAAAGCUUCAAUGAAAAAAGCAUGCUUAAUAAACACAUUAGAAUUCACACAGGUGAAAAACCGUUCUCCUGUAUAAUUUGUGAAAAAAGUUUUAAUCAGAAAAGUCAUUUGAUUCCACACAUGAGAACUCACACAGGUGAGAAGCCUUUCAAAUGUCUGUCCUGCGGAAAAAGAUUCAGUCAAAAAAUCCAUCUUAAUAAACAUAUUAUAAUUCACGGGUAAAAAACUGUUCUGUAGAAUUUGUGGCAUAAGUUUUAACCAGAAAGUAUUUUGACUAGACACAUUAGAGAAAACACAGGAGAGAAGCCUUUUGGACGCCUCUUGCGGAAAAAACUUCAAUGAAAAACUCAAUUUUGAUAAACACAUUAGAAUUCACACAGAUGAGAAGAAGAAUUAAUCAAGAAGAAUUCUUGAUUCAUGACGUGGAACGAUUUGGAAGAAGUCACAGCAGUUAGACACCACAGAAAUGAACAGGAGAAACCUUUUCCAUGUUUUACUUAUGGUAAAUGUCCAUUUAGAAACUCCUUAUACGAGGAAGUCACAGUUUAAAGGCCUUUUUCUUUCAAACUUUAGAGAAAACCUUUAUUAACAGUUCUAAUCUACUACUAUUCAUAACUACCACAAUAGCUAUGUAUUGUUUCCAUGGAAACUAGAACUGGUAAGAUGUAAGAAAGAACUUGGUUUCGAGGUUUGAGUCUGUAGUUCACUGUCCUACGAUAGUGAAAAAAAGUUUGUUUGAAGAGUUAAACAUUAAUUUAAAGUUGUUGCUAUUAUUUGCUUUAAAGUUUAUAUUCUUGCUGAUCACUUUGAACUUGCUUAAAGUUGUACAAAAAAGAAGCCUUUUAACUUAUUAAUGAAUUACAGAAGUUUCAGAUUACUGGAAGUGUAAUGUUUCUAAUUUAAAAAAAUGUUUAAUGUAUAAUUUAGCUUUGAUAUAUUUCUUAUAUUGUCUUUCUUGAUAGUACAAUAUUGAAAGUUGCAGAUGUUUUAUUUACCUGCUAUGGUUGAAGGUGUAACAUAACCACUAUGUUAUUUUCUGUAUUUCUGUGAAGAACAUUAAAGUG